AUGAUCAGAGAGAAGAUGAAGGUUUCUCAAAGUCGUCAGAAGAGUUACCAUGACAAGAGAAGGAAAUCGCUUGAGUUUGAGGUAGAUGAUUGUGUGUUUUUAAGAGUUACUCCGGUAACGGGUGUUGGUAGAGCAUUGAAGUCGUGUAAGUUGACGCCGCAUUUUAUUGGUCUGUAUCAGAUUUCCGAGAAAGUAGGUGAUGUGGUUUAUCGGAUUACGUUGCCGCCGUCACUUGCUAAUCUCCAUGAUGUGUUUCACGUGUCUCAAUUGAGGAGAUACAUUGCGGAUCCUUCGCAUGUUGUCCAAUUAGAUGAUGUUGAGGUUAGAGAUAAUUUGACCGUGGAGACAUUACCUAUGCGGAUAGAAGAUAGAGAGGUGAAACAACUCCGUGGUAAAGAGAUUGCUUUGGUGAAAAUCGUUUGGGGAGGAUCGACUGGUGGAAAUGUGACGUAG